AUGACGUCUGAUGAAUUCAGUACAGCUGAACUGGUAGCCAUUGCAUUAGCAUUGGAAGAAGAUGAAAAAAAAAAAACUACUAAAAGAAAAUACGCUGUACAUCCACUGAACGGGGAGAGAAGAAGAAAAGGCCAAUUUCAACAAAUUUACGGUGAUUUACGUCAAUACCCAGAAAAGUUUUUUUCCUUCUAUCGCAUGUCUACGCAAACAUUUGAUGAAAUGUUGAGUAUCGUCAAACCAAACUUAUCAAAGUUGGAUAAUAUAAAAAAUGAUACGAUAACACCGGAAGAACGUUUGACAAUUACUUUGAAGUGA